AUGUAUGUCAAUAUGAGGGAAGGAGGAGGUAUAAGUUGGUUUAAACGAGAGAGUUUUGAAUAUACAAACGUUCUAGAUGGUUUGAAACAAAUAUAUAAAAGUAAAUUAUUACCGUUAGAAGAAGAUUACUAUUUUCACGAUUUUCAUUCACCCAAAUUAAAUGAUCCGGAUUUCGAUGCAAAACCAUUAAUUUUAUUCAUGGGCCAAUAUUCGACUGGUAAAACAACAUUAAUCAAAUAUAUUCUAAAAAGUGAAUUUCUAGGAAUGAGAAUAGGUCCUGAACCGACAACAGAUAGGUUUAUGGUGAUUAUGCACGAUGAAAAAGCUAAAAUUAUUCCUGGAAAUGCCCUUGUUGUAGAUCCGAAUAAACCAUUUUCUCCAUUAAGUAAAUAUGGGAAUUCAUUUUUAACAAAAUUUCAAUGUUCAACCCUAAAUAAUCCUAUUCUUCAAGGUAUAUCUUUAGUCGAUACACCUGGAAUACUCUCUGGAGAAAAACAAAGAGUAGAUAGGGGUUAUGAUUUUACCGGUGUGUUAGAAUGGUUUGCUGAAAGAGUUGAUAGAAUCAUACUUCUUUUCGAUGCUCAUAAAUUAGACAUAUCCGAUGAAUUUAGGCGAUCAAUUGAAGCAUUGAAAGGUCACGAUGAGAAAAUAAGAAUUAUUUUAAAUAAAGCUGAUAUGGUUGAUCAUCAAUCGUUAAUGAGAAUUUAUGGGUCUCUUAUGUGGUCGCUGGGUAAAAUAAUUAACACGCCAGAAGUUGCCAGAGUGUAUGUUGGUUCAUUUUGGGAUCAAUCAUUGAAAAAUAAUGUUUACAAACAAUUAUUCGAAGAUGAAGAACAAGAUUUACUUAAAGACAUACAAUCAUUGCCAAAAAAUUCAGCUUUAAGAAAAUUAAAUGAUCUUCACAAGAGAGUCAGACUAGCUAAAACUCAUGCAUACAUUAUGGAUGCGCUUAAAACGAAAAUGCCUGUUUUAUUCGGGAAAGCAACUGCUAAAGAGAAUUUAGUUAACAGCUUACCGGAAAUAUUUACUAAAUUGCAAAUGGAAUUGAAGUUAUCACCGGGAGAUUUUCCCGAUGUUAAAAAAAUGCAAAAUGAUUUAAAAGAUUUUAAUUUUGAUUAUCUUAAAAGUAUAGAUCAAGUGCAAAUAAAUGACAUUGAUUAUGCCAUUAGCACAGAAAUAACUAAAUUAAUGAUAAAAAUACAUGAUGAUGAUGAUGAAACAUCGAAAGGCUUGCAAGAGUUACAAGGUUAG